AUGGGCGUUAACAUGGGUGUCUCUUCCUAUGCUAAUCACUCGGUUGAAGAGAUCACCGUUGCUGGAAAAGAAGUGGGACCAAUUCAUCAUGUGAUGCAGCUCUACUCAAUGAAGGACAAGGCUAAGCAAGAACGAAUCGUCCGUCGGGCGGAGGAUGCGGGCUGCAAGGCUAUAUUUUUGACUGCGGAUAGUCCUGUACUUGGGGUGCGCUGGAAUGAAUGGCGGAAUGGAUUCAAGACUCCAGUGGGCUUGGGGCUUCCGAUGUAUGAGAAAACAUCUGCCGAGAUUCAGCAACAAUCUCACGAUGAUGGGUUUAGCUCGGCAAACUCGGAUUCCCAUUCCUGGGCUACCGAGAUACCGUGGCUACGCAGUGUCACAAAUAUGGAGAUUUGGAUUAAAGGCGUUCUCACCCCAGAAGAUGUCGAGACUGCUAUUGAAUAUGGCUGCGACGGUAUUAUUAUCAGCAAUCAUGGUGGUCGGCAGCUGGAUGAGACGCCAGCCACAAUUGAUGCACUUCCUGCCUGUGCUAAGGCUGCGCGGGGGAGGAUCAAGAUUCAUAUUGAUGGUGGAAUUCGAUCUGGGGUGGACAUUUUUAAAGCCCUAGCUCUCGGUGCUGAAUGCUGCUGGGUUGGACGUCCUGCACUUUGGGGACUCGCGUAUGACGGUCAACAGGGGGUUGAGUUGAUGCUCAAGAUCUUGUUUGACGACUUCAAGCGAUCCAUUGCAAAUGCAUAUGGGCCUUUGGCUAGACUGUGA